GCCGGCGAGGAGGAGGAGGAGCAGCAGCAGAUGGACCACCGUUUGGGGCAAGGUCCGAGCGCCCCGACCUUUGGGAUGUGCAGGGCCCCGGUGGGCGAGAUGCCUCACUGGUGCCUGGAGUGUGGGAAGAACUUUGGGCAGAAGGCAGAGCUCGAAAAGCACCAGCUCCACCACGCCGGGCCCUGCUCGUACAUCUGCGGGGACUGCGGGAGGAGCUUUCUGGAGCACGUGGCCCUCGUCGCGGGCCAGGGGAGGUGCACCGCCGGGAACGCCUUUCACGCCGCCGGCUGCCGGAGGAGGAUUCCGCCUUUCGCCUCGAGCGAGACCGUCGUCCCGAGGAAGGAGCGGAAAGAGCUCUCCCUGCAAGAGAAAGUCCGGGUGCUGGAGAUGCUGGAAGGCCCAAAGGUGUCCCAGAGCGAGCUGGCCAAGCGGUUUGGCGUCUCCCAGCCCCAGAUCUGCCGCAUCAUCAAGAACAAAGAGCGGAUCCUCGCCGAGUGGUGCAAGAACGCCAACCCGGGCCGCAAGCGCAAGCUGGAGGACAAGGGCCCGCCCAGCGACGCGGCUCUUUUGCAGUGGUUCCAGCGCAGCUGCGUCUCCACCGAGGGGAUGCUUGUGCAAGACACGGCCGGGCAUCCGUCGGAGGGGAGGGAGCGGCCGGAGGGGGAUCCCGGGCGGGGUCGGCCGAGCAGCUUCAAAGCAAAGCCAAUGCGGGUUGGGUGGGAACGACAUUCAGCUGGAAAGGAGAGUGGCGAGCCGGUGGGGGAGGAGCCCUGGGAAAGCACGCUCCUCCCCGGUGUCAUGAGCAAAUACGAGCCCCCCAACAUUUACACCUGUGGGGAGGUGGGCCUCCUCUUCAGAGCCACCCCAGGGGAUCUGGCCCAGGAGAGGAGAGAGGACCAGCUGACGGUCCUGAUCUGCUCCAACAUGGACGCCUCCGAUAAACGGGAGGUCCUUGUCGUCGGGAAGACCCCGAAGCCAUUCGGCUUCCCCAGGACCGGGGGGCAGGAGUCUCCGCCGGCCGCCUACAAAGCCAGCCCCAAGGCAUGGAUGACGGCCACCAUCUUCACCGAGUGGCUUUGGACCUUCAACGCCGAGAUGCAGCGCCAGGGGAGGAGCGUGGCCCUUUGCUUGGUCCCGUGCGCUGCGCAUCCUCCGACGGAGCUCUCCAACGUCCGGAUGGUGUUCCUGCCCCUUCGCCCUUCCCGGCACCACCCUCUGGAGCAAGGGGUGAUCCAGAGCUUCAAGUGCCAUUACCGGAGGAGGAUGCUCAUCCGCCUCCUCGCUGGGCUCAAAGGGAAGGCCUCCUCCAGGUUGACCAGCAAACUCUCGGAGCACCUGAGCCUUUGGGAUGCUCUUCACCUGGUGGUGCAAGCUUGGUCAGAGGUUUGCCCACAGACCAUCACGAGCUGCUUCCACGCCGCCGGCUUCAGCUUGACCCCUCCCUUCCCGACCCCUCCCACAGAGCUGGUCCAAGCCCUCGGGUUCCAGAGCCAGGAGCAAUUUCAGCAGUUUGCGCUGGUGGAUGAUGGGCUGGCCUGCUUUGGCGACCAGGACGGUGCCCGGAUGGCCAAGAAGGGCCCGUGGGCCUCGGAAAGGAUCUGCACCACAGCAAAAGAGGAGGAGGAGGAGGAGGAAAAGGGCGAGACGGUUGCAAAGGCCGAGGGCCUGCCUCUGCCCCCCUGCCCCACCCAGGCAGAAGUCACCGCGAGUCUAGCCAAACUCCGGCGCUAUUUGGAGUGCCACUCUGUGCCCUUGGCCACGUUCCAGGCCUUCUACAACCUGGAGGACGUGGUUCACGAGAUGUUGCUCGCGAGCAGGCCGGCUUCAAGGGCCGAGGGUUUGAACCAAGAAUGACUCCGAGCCAGGACACAAGGACGUGUGGCUGUUUAGGGGAAGGCCCAGUGCAUCAUUUUCUCUUUCCCUCCCUCGUCUGUGCAGCGGAUGAUGGUCUUUGAGAGAUGCUGGGCAUGGCCUGAAGACGAGACCCCGCCACCCUGGACUGAAAACAUGCCAGAAGAGGCGCCGCGCUGGAUGGAGCGUCUGCGCCAAACGUCUCAUGGUCUUCCGGGACAAAGAAAAGAUUUUUGGGACCCAGCUGAAGUGCCCCCUUUGCCCAGCCUGUGGGCUUCCAGAUAGAGGUUGAACGGAAAUGCCCACCAUCCCCACCGGAGCAGGGCACCGAGGGGCUUCCAAGUAGGCGGCUUUGGUUUCAAGACCCUCCGGGUCCUUCUCUCUGCUGUUGUAGGGAAGGUCCUGGCCAGAAACUGGUCUAGGUGGAAGUUACUUUUUCUUUUCUUUUCUUUUUUGGAUUACAGCUCUCAGAAUUCCUCAGCCAAGAUGGCCAGCAGCUGGCCAUCGACCAACACUGGUUGGGAGGUUCUGGGUGCUGUAGUCCAAAAGCCGUAACAUCAUCCAUGAUCCCCUGGCAUCAAAUCCAUGUCAGCUGCCCUGCGACAGGAAGGCUGUCUUGGCAAACGGGGGCAGGCAGGUUGUCAGCUGUCCUCCCCCCACCCGCUGGAGCCACGUUUCGCUGCAUUUUAUACAGGUUAAGGGGCAGCUGAGCGGACACCACCCACCGCCGGACGGUCCCAGCAGCGUGGCACGGGCCACCAGUCCAGCCGAAGGCGCUGUGAGGUCCCAAGGCCCACCUGCCCACAAGAGAGCCAGAAGCCCAGAGCGAUGCCUCCAGCCCUGUGUGGGUGGCCUUGGUGGGAACCGGCUGCAGGUCGCCUUUGUCCCUGUAUAGCUGGCAUUCUUUUUUGUUUUGUUCCCUCAAAGACAUCCAUUGCUCUGCUGGACAGGCAGAAUCUGGUCGCUGACUUUCUGUCCUGGAGGAGGAGAAGCCAAGACGUCCCAGAAAAAAAAAGUUACUUCCUUGGGGACUGCAUCUGCCAGAAUUCCCUGGUUAGUUAGCCCUGCCGCAGCCGUCAGAACAUCCAAAAACACAAGCCCAAAAUGAUUUUUUUGAUCAUGUGAGACUGAAGAACCAGAAGCACUUCCUUAAAGAGUAACCCAUGCGUUGUCACAAGUAGAAGCGGAACCCGUUUGGGCAGUAGUAGUUCUCGGACACCGAUUCUGUGACCUUGGGCCACGUGUCACUUUCCAGCCCUGCACAGAGACUCUCUAACCUCAUCCCUCUGUGAACUAAUUCGUAAAGGAUGUAAAUACCCAAACCGACUGGUAACCAAUAAAAUGUUAGUAUC